AUUUGUGUUAAAUGAUUAUCUAGAACUUAUAAUUUGAAGAAAUAAUAAUAAAGCCAAAGACAUUCAAAAGCAAAAAUGCAUUAAAAGAGAAGCUUUAAUCAGAUAAAGUCGAAUCAAUCGAUAUCACUGAGAUAACACCAUAAUAAAUACUUGAGUUGUUUCCAAAUUAGGUUACUUUGUCAAGUUAAAAUACAUUGAGCGAAUUAUUGAACUUAAACUUAUCAGAUGAUUGUUUGUAAAAAAUCUUAGGAAUCUUAGUUUAAUGGGAAAAUUAAAACAAUGUUGAUUUUAAAAAUUUAUACAAGCAAUUAUUUUAUUCAUCAAUGUAAUAAAAUUUAUUUAUUUUUAAAGUUGUAAGACAUGUAAAUCAAACAACUUAAUUUAUAGUAGUGAGAAUUUAACAAUAAUUGUUAAUUAAUUAAUAUCUGUAUUUUAAUAGGCAAUUUAUGAUGAUCCUUCUAAAAUUGAAAAUGUAUUUAUUUAAAAAAAUGCUGAUAGAUAACUUCUUGGAUAUCGAUCCUUAUUGAAAAUAAUAAAUUAACAAUGCCAAAAAAAGAGACUUAAAAAUUAUAUGAGUUGAUGAGAUAAUAUUAAAAAUACCAAGAAUCAAUAAGAAAUAUCAAAAGACUUAUUAAUUUUAUUCCAGUUCAAUAGAAAAAGGAGAAUAAAGUAACUCAGGUGUAUUUUUGA